AUGAGUCGGUCGGAAUCUUCGGGCUCUACGCUUGCAGCAGAUGAAGAUGACGAGAAGGAAAAUAGUGAGGGCGAAGGAGAUUCAGAUGAGAGUAUGGAGGAUGACGGAGAUGAGGAGGAGAGUGAGACAUCUAGUCACACGCUGGGACGGAGCGAAGACUCGGACUCUGGUGAUGACGGCGGUGAUGAAGAAAGCGAUGAAGAGAUGGGUGAGUCUGAUGAUGAAGGCGAUGUGUUUGGGAAGAGUUAUAGGGAGGGUAGCAGGAAGUAG